AUGAUGCCUCUGUUGACCAGCCAAGCCAACGAAACCCCAAUUAUGAUGAAAAUAUCCAGUGUCUUAGUCGGCGCUACGUGCUACUCGCUUUUUGCCCGCUGGGCGACGAAGAAGACUUGGGUGCACAGAGUCUUUUUGAUCUCAUUGCGGACACGCUUUCCACCUACAACAAGCCCUGGGAGAGCGUGCUCUUCAUGA